ACGAAUUUAUAAACAUGUUCACAGCCAUGAUCGAUAAGUGUACUUCUUUUUCAGCCGUGCAGAAGCUGUAUUAUCUUAAAGGUUUUUUAAGUGAUGAACCGCUCGAUUUAAUAAAAAAUCUGCCAUUAGAAGACAACAGCUAUCCAGAAGCACUGCGCUUACUGAAAGAACGAUACGAUAAUAAAGUUCGAAUUACGCAAGAACAUGUUAAUGCACUGCUAGAUAUGCCUACAAUCACGCGAUCUAACGUCACUAAUUUACGAAAUUUUAUUUCAGUUGUCAAACAGCAUCUUGCUGCUCUGCAAAACCUGGGUGAGCCUGUAGAUAAGUGGGAUGCCAUAAUUAUUUGCAUCCUAUCUAAGAAGAUCGACCUGCCUACCUACAGAGCAUUUCAACUGGAGCGAAAUAACAAUGUGUCGCCCACGGUAAAGGAAUUCCUAGGUUACGUGGAAAAACGUGCCCUAGCAUUUGAAAACACUGACGUGCAAAAGGGGCCUUCGCAGAGCUUUGUCAGCCAUCCUGUAGCUGCACCAGCAAAGCCGUCAGCGCAUAAGCCUCAGCUGCAAUGUUUAUACUAUUCUUCUGACGCAGACGAAGAAUAAUGGAGACCAAGCUACCAAACAGCCUUUUGUGACUGCGGGCAGUGCAGGUACUUCGGCACCGAGCUUUACAACCUCGAGUGCUGCAGCUUCGAGUACUUCAAUAGCAUGCGCCGCUACACCACAAGGCCCUACACUAGUGCAGACAUCAUUUGGCGUGAUCAUCGGUGGUCGAAUGCAGCUACCUGCAAGAAAAAAGUCUAAACAGGUAAUAUCUUUGCUGUGUAGGGAAGGCAAUGA